AUGAUUUCAAUUGAAAGUAAUUAAAUUGGAAGUAACUCUGAUUAGUCAACAUUUAAAUAGAGAGAUUAAAAAAUUAUGACAAUUCUAAACAAUAUCACACUAAAAAACAUCAUCUUUCCAAAAAUUCUUAAUUUUUUGAAUUUCUCAGAUACAAAACGAGUUAUACGAAUUAAAAAGAGUGAAUAAUUACUUAAACAUUUAUUAAAAAUUCAAGAUGUUCAAUAAUAACAAUCAGACACUUUGGAAAUGACAGAAUAAGAAAUUAUAAUUAAAUAACUUGAGCUCUUUUAAUUAUAUAAUGUAUAAUUAGAUGAUGAAAUACUUAAGUCUAAUUCAUUCUUUAAUUUUUACUAUAAAAUAUAUGAUGCUAAUAAAACAAAUAACUUUAAUAACAAUGUCAUUUUAGAUUAUAUUUAGAAUUUGAUAUAAAAAACCCCAAAAAUAAAUUAUAUUACAGAAGACUAUAAAUAUUACAUAUAUUUUAAAGCUUAGAUUAUUAUUAUAGGAAUGGCAAUAAGAAAUAAAAUUCCGUUAUUAUCAUUAUUACUUUGUACAAGAUUGUAUAUGAAUAAAAAUUAAUAAUUAUUUUGUUUAGAAUUUUCUAUCUUUAAAGAAAUAUUCAAAGAACUUUAUUCAAAAAGAUAACUAUCUCAUUUGAAUUAUCUUUUAAAUAUAGAUUAAUUAAUAAAUAAUGAUACACUUAAAUUAACUGAAAUGUAAUCUUAUAGAGAUAAAAUAUUUAUAGAAUAUGAAGAUGUAUUGAAAGAGAAUAAUUUUACUUUAUUUUAAUUGAAUUUAGAUUUGAUUUAUUAAUAGAAACAUUAUUUAAUUAAUGAAUUGAAGGAUGUAAUUGAAUAACAAUAAUUUAAGUAAUUACAUUCUGAUUUGAAAAAAUUUCAUUUAUAAAUUGAUUAUGCUGAUUAAUUUUAUUAGACACUUAAUAAAAUUAUUUAAUUUUGUAAUAGUGUUGAAUAACCAUUAAUAAAAUUAGAUUAAAUAGGAAUUCCAUAAUUUAUAAAAAAAUACUUUUUCAAAAGUCAUGAAAGGAAAGAAUUAAAUUCUUAACAAUUAGUAGAAUCUUUAUUAACUAUAAAUAAAGUAUUAAGUGAAAUGAUAAAAAAUAGAUAUCCAUUUCCUCCAAUAAUAUCAUACUUAAAUCUUAAAGAUCCAAAUAGUUUAAAUAUAUUAAAUAUAACUAAAGAAUUUGUUAUAGAAUGUUAAGAAAAUUAGAUUUUUAUUCUCUUUUUAUCAUCAGUUCAUUAUAAUUUUUAAACUAUAGCCUAAUCAAAAGUCUAUUCAAGAACCUUUUAUAAUUAGUAAUUAUAAAAAUAGGAUUUUGAUUAAUGGGAAAUUGUUAUUUAAAUGUUAGAAAUAAUUGAAGAAUAUCAAUCUUUAAUUAAAAAUGAUGUUGAAAAGAGAAUUUUUGAAUAAGACACAAUAUCUAAUAUUCAAGCUUAUUUAUAAUAUCCUAAAGAUUAGAUUACUAAUUAUUUAGGAUAAUAUCAAAAAAUAUCAAAAUUAUUAAAAAAUCUAAUAUCAUUUUAAAAUAAAGAAUAAGUCAAUGUAAAAUUUGAUUAAGAAAAUCUUAAAAAUACAUUGUUGGAAAAAAUAAAAAACAUUAAAUCAUAAGUAGUAACUGAAUCCUCUUUAAGAAGGAAACUUGGUAGACCUCCAGGAACAAAGAAUAUCAAAAUGUAAAAAAAGAUUAGAUUUGAUAAAUUAAAGGAUAUUGAUAAUAAAGAAUUCAAAAUUUAAAAAUGUUUUAAAAAUUUUCCAACAUCUGAUUUUAAUAGUGAUGACGAAGUAAUAAUAUAAAAAAAGAGAAAAUUGUAUCAAUCAGAAUAAAUGUUAAUGCAAGAUAUUGAAGGUUUCUUAGUUUGA